GACGACACCAGGGAAUUUUGCAACGCGAUUAACCCACUUUUUUUUUGUCUUUUUCUCUCAGGAUACGUAAGACAUGGACUACAAACAACAGGCUGAAGACCUUGCGUCCGUCGCCCAGUUUGGAGAUUUGGUCGAAUUCUCUUAUCCUAUUGGAUAUUCGCAUUGGGGCGUGUACGAUGGUGACGGACACGUGGUCCAUUUUGGUGUUGCUGACGAGGGGCAUCUGAAGAAAAUGUUCCGCAACUCCCUUCAGACCGUGUUCCCCUUGUGCGGUGACCUCCUGAUCGGUGACACGUGCAUUAGACGGCAGCGGCUGGAGGACGUCACCGUGCCCAACGGGUCUCACAUUAUGAUCACCAACAACCGUCACGCGCGGAAGCCGUCCGCCGAGGACGAGAUACGGCUCCGUCGGGACGCGCUGCUGGGAAAGGAGCUUGCGUACGAGCUCUUCAGCCUGAACUGUGAGCACUUUGCCACCUUCGUGCGAUUUGGCGAAGCCGUGUGCAACCAGAUUCCAGGAAAAACUAAGAACGUGGAGUGUAAGUCGGCAACGGAGGUGUUCCAAAAAAUUGUGACCGAAUAUAAUUCCUGAAAAUGGCAGACAAGUUUGGAAGUAUUAUUUUUAUAUUAUAAUGCUUUUUUGUUGUAAAAAUGUAUAUUCACCCCAUUUUAUUAUUAACAAUACAGUUGUGAUUUUGUGUGUUUAUUUGUGCAAGCACCCCGGCAAAGAUGGCAGCCAUGAGUCUUUUCCUAUAAUUUGUAGUAGGUUAGACGUUAACACAUUUGGAUGGAUUUUUGACCAUUCCUCCAUGCAGAAUCUUUCAGAAUGAUUUUAUGUCAUUUCUGUAUUUCCUAUAAUUGUUGGGGUGACAAUAAUUUUGGUACCUGUGGUUUUCAGAAAAAAUUAGAUAACUAAAUAAAAACCAUUGAAACAUGACAGUAAAUGUAUUGCAAUAAAAGUAUAUAGUUUUCCCAUAUGUUUGAACACAAAAUAUAGAUCAUUAUCCAUGUUGUUUAUUAUAUGCAGCUGUCAGGUCUGUGUUUUUCUGUUAACUGAUUCAUGUCUAAAUCCCCAGCGUUUUUGCCUGUGCUUACCGUCGUCUCUUUUCCGUUUCAUUCCCUCAUUCAUCUGUUCCACCUGUGCUUCAUUUCGUGUCUCCGCCUCCCCACUCCUUAUAUGUACUUCCUUCCUGUCUCUUGUCAUUCAGUUCACCUGUUUCUCAUUGUCUGCUUGUUAGUUGUGUAUUUAAACCUGUCCUUUUCAGUUUCUCGUUGCUAGUUCGUCUUUCUGUUAUUCUGUUCUCUACCCCAGUUCUAGCUUCCCUGUACCCUGUUAUUAUCUGUCUGCCCUGCUUUUGGAUUGUCUGGUUCUGAUCUCUGUCUGGUUUUUGGACUCUGUUUUUGUUUUUUUUUCUUGUACUUUCGCUUGUUUGGACUUCCUGUUUCCUGACUUAACUCUGCCUGCCCUUCAUGUAACCGUCUGCUUUGACCAUUGCCUGUUUUUGACUACGUUUUGGAUCUGCCCUUUUGUCAUUAAAGCCUGCCCGAUUAUGUUA